CUUAAUGUGAUUUGUGACACCUCGCGGCUAACGUUGGCGGAGAUGAAAUAUUUUCCGGUAAAGUAGUUUAGUGAUUGUUUGAGACGUAAAAUAAGGAGAAAGUACGUAGAAAAUGUAAUAUUCUAUCGGUUAAAUGUGAAUCAAUUACGCUAAUACGUAAUCUGAAUCACUGCUCCGAACGCGAUGAACUUCCGCGAGUCGUGCCCGUAAUCGUGUACAUUAGAUAUAGCAACAUACAUUGCAAUAGGGCGCCUCGAAGUGUAUUAAAACAUUGAUCGGUGCUGUGAAAGUUAUGAACAGUAAAGAAAUCAAAGUAUUUAUUCUAUUAUGUAGUCGAUACAUUAUACUCAGCAGUAGUUUAAGUUCGCAUUGCUAACCAAUGACUGAGUUACACGCACACACAAGGUUAAAGUGCGUUAAUUUAUAGUUAUUGCUUUCCUCUGGGGCAUUAGUAGAUAAAAAUGAGUGGAGAUAUGUUUGAGGGAAAAGAUUACCCAACCCAGUGGGCUUUAAAUCCUUCCGCUUACCAAAAUAUGAGUAACGAUCAAGUUGAUUGGGCAGCAUUAGCUCAGCAGUGGAUCAAAAUGAAAGAAACUGUAGUGCCACCAGCACCACCUCCGCCUAAUAUUAAUCCAGUGUGUACCGGGACUGAUGGAAGUGGAGAAGCUCCUAUGGAUAUGGACACGAAAGAAGAUGAUGUACCACCAGCACCGCCUGCACCUACAAUUAGUGGAUCAGCUGAGGCUUGGAGUCAGUGGAAUCAGUGGGGCCAUUGGAAUACCUCAGGUUCUGGUGCAGGUACUUGGGAAUGGACUGGUGUACCUCCCCCUGGUGUUUCUAUAGGUUCUGAUGGGAAACCUAUGGGAAUUCCUACUGUACCUGUUAUUCCACCUGCUCCAACUAUAUCUACAACAUCAGAAUUUAGCGUGCCACCUCCAACAGCACCAUCGUUGUAUUCUUAUAAUUCAGUACCUCCAACACAACCUUAUAGUCAGGUGUCUAGUUAUUGGUCUGGAGAACCACCUACUGCAAUACCUCCUCAGCCACCCCCUUUCAUGAAAGGAGUUAGGCAUACAAACAGAACGCCACACAUGAGACCUAUAGACGCCGUACGGUGUCGAGAAGACAGGGAAAAAACCCCUGAAGAAGAUACAACUACCACUAUAGACGCGGCGAAACGUAGGCAAUUACCAGCUUGGAUUAGGGAAGGUUUAGAAAAGAUGGAGAAAGAAAAACAAAAAGCUGUGGAAAGGGAAAGACAGGAAGUUCUAAGGAAACAGGAGUUGGAAGCUCGAAAGCAAGCCGAAGACGAGGCUCGGGCAGUUUUAAAUCCUUCUAAGAGCAAAUUCGACUCUGAUUCCGAAAAGGAAACAGAGCAGGAUGUCGACGAGACAGUACGUAGUCAGGUCUCGGAGAAAAAUUUCGAACGAACUCCAGAUAUUCUCCUCCGACCACGGAAAUCGCGAUUUCGAGAUGCAGAUUCACCGGAUGCUCACACGCACACAGACAGAAGUCCAACCACUUCCAACGCGACUGUGCCUGUUCCGAAGCGAACGAGAGAGGAGAUGCUGCAAGAUGUGAUGUUGAAGGUGCGGAGAUCGCUCACAGAAAUUCUUCUGGAGGUAACGAACGAAGAAAUUGGUUCUAUAUGCAGAGAGGUUUGGAGCCGCGCACGUGCCAAAGGAUAUCCUACUUUAUUUUUUCAGGACUUACAUACACAUACUAUAAUCCCUGCAGGAGAGACCCCCGUCGCAUCCCUCAACAACAUGGCCCCUCUUGCUCAGAUCACUCGUAAGCUUGGUCUGGGCAUCUAUGGCGACAGCAACAGCGAGUCUGAGGAGGAGCAGAGUGAACACGUCCAGGCUCAGAACAACGACAGCGACGAUGAGCUGAUAGAAACGGUGAAGCGGCGUCAACAAGCGUUCAAAAAGACGGAGGAGGAAAUCGAGGCGCGUCUGGCCGAGGAGGAUGAGAGGGAAGAGCAACGUUACGAGGAGCAGUAUAAUAAACAACAGGAAAAUCAUACUGGUAAUACAAGCUGCAAGGAUACAGUUGAUGAAAAAGAAACGGUAAAUAAUCAAAGAGAAGCGUCUGAAACUUUAUCGAGCGGCGGACAAAGUCCACAGCAACAAAUAGCGCCGCCUGAUACGGCAAAGACCAAUACUCCAUCAGGGUCAGCCGAUUCCGAAUCUAGCUCGUCCGAGUCGACGAGCUCUGACUCGAGUCGUAACUCGUCGAAGAAGAAAAGGUCGAGUAAAGCUCGAAGUGAUCGUGAAUAUCGAAAGAGGAAGUCGAAGAGUAGAAGUAAAUCGAGAAGCAGAAAAUCACGGUCCCGUUCGUCGGAACGUGGCCGGAAACGCAAAUCAAGGUCUAGAUCGAUAAAGUCACGUAAAGAAUAUCGUUCAAGGUCUUCGAGCAAUUAUAGGUCCACGAAGAAGCAUAGAUCGAGAUCUAGAAACCGUAAACGGCGCAGAUCUCGCUCGAGAAGUUGUCGCAGAUCUAGAUCGAGCACUGCGACCAGGAAAUGGUCACGAUCCCGUUCCAGGGGAAAGAGGAAGUCCCGUUCUCAUUCGAGAAGCAGAAGAAGAAGUCGUUCCUAUUCAACUAGGAGAAGUAAAUCCCGUGUUAGAGACAAACGGAGGACGCGAUCGCGAUCCAGAGGCAGAGACAGAUCACGUUCACGAUCGAAAGGACGAAAACGUUCGCGGUCUUACGUUUCCAGGAGCAAGAGGAGGACUCGAUCUAGAUCUAGGGAUCAUAGAAAGUCACGAUCAAGAUCAAGGCAGUCGAAUCACCGGGACGGUAAGAAAUCGUCGACGCAUCAUCGGUACAGGAAUUGAACCCUGAACCAAACUUCUAGCCAAGGUUGUAUAUACAUAAUAUAUAUAUUCAUUAAUUAAGUCACUUUUCAAAUUGUUCGUACGCGGAAUGAGUGUGAAGAAACGAAAUACUAUAUACAUUUUGUUCUUUAUAGAAAUAUACAGAGAAAAAGUGAAAAAGAAACAUUACCGGAAGCGCAGGUUUUCAUUGUGAUCGUCCAUUUUUGAAAUUCUCCAUCGUGCGACCCUUUAGCGAUACAGGUCUCGUUUCUUUCCAAUUAGCGUUUAUUCGAAGUAUAUGUAUAUAUAUACACAUAUUAUGUAUAUAUAACGGAUUAUCGUUAACUGUAUAGUGGUCCACGGAUCGUUUGUAAUUAAUUUCCAAUCAAUCGAGUCAAGAUUUUUUUUUUAUCUAGAAUUAUUUCUGUGUAGCUAAUCUUCUUUCCUUUCCGUUUCCGUUUUUACUUUCCCGAUGGCAUUAAUCGAAUAACGAUGUAUCUGUUUUAUACGAACGAUUGUUAGCAUGCAUUUCGAACGAUCGCGAUAGAAUAAUUCAAAUAUCCGUCUGUGAGAGAGGAAGAAUGUGUGCGCGAGUGACAGAGAGAGGGAGAGAAAGAACUGUGUCGAAUGUCGAUUAACUUUCCACAAAGAAAAAGUAAAGAUACACCGAACCGUUGUUAAAUCGUCGAAACGCUCGUGUAAGAGAACUGAUCAGGUACAAAUGAAUUUUCAUAACUUUGAUCCGAGGAUUGCCCGUGAUCGAAACGCGUUUAGGAACCGUGACAGUUUGGUUUUUCCUUGUUUCUCAAUCCGUCGUUUUCUUGUAUCCCGGUCGAUGUUCACUACAGUACAAACGAGAAGAUACGAAACUGUUACAAACCCUAAAAUCGCGACACACCAAAAAAUACAAGCACACACCGACACGCAAACAAUUCCGAGUAUUUGUAUAAUUGGUUCAGUUUAACCGUGUAUUGAUAUACGUUCGACAUACGUUUGAAACAAAAAGAGAAUAAAACGACCGAUAAUUUUAAUGUAUUGUAAGUACGGGCCUUACAAACACAUUGCUAUGAUAAGUGUAACGAGUCAUUUUUAAAUGAAAUAAAUAAAAAUAUUGAAAAGAAAUAUACCAGAAACGAUGGUGGAACGAAGUAUUCUUCACCUUGGGUAUAAUUAUUUUCUGUGUUCCCAUUUGGAUGAACGAUUUGCGUUACAUCACUACGUGUACAGAAGACAAUAGAGAACGUCCGUUCUAUUGCAUUAUUAUAAUUUAUUUCAUAUAAACAUUUGAUACAGUUUUAAAAUUUCAUUUCGUAGAGCUUAGCUUUUUUUUAGUAGUAGUGUUAUAAGUAAUUAGAUUCUAUAUAGAAUAUUAUCGGAGAUUAAAGUGGAUGUAGAGUGGAUCGAGGAAAGAGUCAAAGUUUUUGUUUGGCAUGAUAUCGUGUUUCACUUCAAUACAUUUUUUCGAUAUAUGUAUAUAUUAUAUAUAUGUAUAAAAAAAAAGAACAUCUGCAGAACAGAAUGCAACACGUUUCAUUUAGAAAAUAAUAAAAAAUGAUUCGGUGGAAUACAGAUAUCUGCGCAAUGUCUCGGAAAUUUUGUCUCUUUGAGCAACAUCUUUCGAGUGGAAAAAAAAGUGUAAUGUAAAUUUGUGAACGAGGAGUAUCUUAAAUUUGAACGAUAGAUAUGUAACGUUGUAAUUUACAGCGAAAUUUUCUUUGUAUAAACAUUCUUUUUUCUUCGUUUCUUUUAUUCUGUGCUGAAAAAUUUGAAUAAAGAAGGCAGAAUAUUCUGCGAAAACGCUCCACAUAUCAAACUGGAUGUAAAAAGGAAAAGGAAA